AUGGAAGCUGCCUAUCCUUCUCAAUCAACCAUCACCACCCAUGUCAUCGCUGUACCAUACCCCGGCAGAGGCCACGUCAACCCAAUGAUGAACCUCAGCAAAUUGCUAGUCUCCAACAACCCCAACAUCCUCGUUACCUUCGUCGUCACCGAAGAAUGGCUCGGCUUCAUCGCCUCCGAAUCUAAGCCAAACAAUAUCCGAUUCGCUACCAUUCCAAACGUUAUUCCCUCCGAAGAGGGUCGAGCCAAUGACUUCCUUAACUUCCUCCAAGCUGUUAACACCAAAAUGGAAGAACCAUUUGAACGGCUACUCGACCAGCUUGAGCCACCACCCACGGUGAUUAUCUACGACAGCUUUCUGUUCUGGGUUGUGCGCGUUUCCAAUCGGAGAAAUAUUCCAGUUGCGUCGUUUUGGCCAAUGUCGGCGUCGUUUUUUCUUGUGCUUAAACAUUAUCAUCUUUUGGAGCAAAAUGGUGAUUAUCCAGUAAACUCAGAAAAUUGUGAUAAACGUGUGGAUUACAUUCCUGGAAACUCAUUCAUUCGUCUACUAGACUUACCACUCAAUGAUGCCAGCUUUCGUAGUCGUCGAUUAUUACAGUUAGCUUUGAAUAACAUACCAUGGAUAAAGAAAGCACAGUAUCUAUUAUUCCCUUCAAUAUAUGAACUUGAACCUCGAGCUAUUGAUGUUUUAAGACAAGAAUUUUCUAUACCAGUUUACACAAUUGGCCCUACGAUACCUUAUUUUCGUCACAACCAAAUUACCUCUGUAAGCACUGACCGUGAUUAUAUAAAUUGGCUAGACAAUCAACCAUUUGGUUCUGUUCUAUAUGUCUCACAAGGGAGUUUUCUUUCGGUUUCAAGUGAACAAAUUGACGAAAUUGCGAAUGGUUUACACCAAAGUGGUGUUAGAUUCUUGUGGGUGAUGCGUGAAGAAAGUUCUAAAUGGAAAAAUAUUUGUGGUGAUAAAGGAUUUGUUUUGCCAUGGUGUGACCAAUUGAGAGUAUUGAUGCAUAGUGCUAUAGGUGGUUUUUGGUCACAUUGUGGGUGGAAUUCAACUAGAGAAGGUUUGUUUUGUGGUGUUCCUUUUCUUACCUUUCCAAUCAUGAUGGACCAACCUAUGAACAGUAAGUGUAUUGUUGAGGAUUGGAAAGUUGGGUGGAGGGUGGAGAAGAAAGUUAAAGAGGAUGUUUUGAUAAGAAGAGAUGAAAUUGCUAAACUUGUUAAAAGAUUUAUGGAUUUAGAUGAUGAUGAAGGGAAGGGUACGAGGAAAAGAGCAAGAGAGCUUCAAAAAAUAUGCCAAUGUGCAGUUGCAAGUGGAGGGUCAUUAGAAAAUAAUAUGAAAGAAUUUCUUGGUCAUAUCUUACAUGGAGCCUAA